GGUCUGAAUUAGCGCACCACCUCCCAUUGUUAGUGUUAAAUCUAACAUUGAAUGCUUCACCUGGGAGCCAACAAGAUUUCCUUUAUUUGUACGUAUAUAUUGUGUAUGUGAAGUAAAAGCUGCAGGAUCAGAAUCAAUCAAAAGAGAAUAUUUUUUUUUAUCAGGUUUUUCCAGCUGCUCUGCACUGUGGCGAUGACGUCACGCACUCUAGCUCAUGUGUGGUGGCACAAACCAGAAGGGGCGGGGCUUCUGCUCCGUUCCACUUCCGCCGUGCAAAGUUCACCAACAUGGCCGCCUCCUUACGUCGAUAACAUUUCUGUCUCCAAUGUGAACUGAAGGCGCGUGUUUCAGAAACAAAUGUUAUAGUCAGCUGUCGUUAGGAAUUUGUUACCGAGCUUUUUCGCCGACAUGUUCCAGGUGAUCGGCGGCAGGAGCGUCCAGGCGGCCCGGCUCCUCGCACCCAGGAGCGCCGUUCUUGUGGAGGCUGUCCGGGGCAGAAAGUCCCGCAACGACCCGGUGGCCAAGUCCAAACUGGGACGAAUCAAAACGCCUCCUCCGGUCGAUCCGGUGGAGAUGGUCGUGCUGAAGGAGAGAUACUCGCAGUACCAGCUGAUCAUGAGGGCGCUUCGCCUGGAGUUUAAAGAGGAGGUGCUCCGAAAGAAGUACGAGGAGGAGACGGGCUCCCUGGCCGAGGAGAGGGCGAGGCUGGAAGCGGAGGAGCAUCACGCCCUCAUGGCGUGGAACAACGAGGAGAAUCUCCGCUUGCUCAAACUCAGGACGCUGAGGAUCCAGAAGGAAAAGGAGGAAGCAGAGCGCAAGAAGCUGGAAGCCAUCAUCAAGCAUGAACAAGAACAGCAAGAAUUCCUCAAAGUAAAGGAGAGGGAAAUUCUGCAGCUGCAGGAGGAUGCCAAGAACUUCAUCACCUUGGAGAACAUGGAUCAGCGAAUAGAAGAAGCUCUGGACAAUCCAAAGAAUUACAACUUUGCCAUUGACAAAGAAGGACGAGUUGUGAAACAGACGGUGCUGCAGUGAAUCCAACCCGGAUGUGUCUGUCUCAGAAGAUUACAGGACCGCGAUUCUGGAUUUUCUUCAAACGAGAACGUUAUCGCACCUGAUUAACCAAGAAAUAUCUGAGGUGUUUCCAUCAGCAGAUAACUUCUCAUGUCAUCAUAUAAAUAUGAGCUUGAGUUGAGAGUGAGACCAUGUUACUGUUUGUACCUGGAUAUGUGAUGGACAGUUUAACACACAAGGUCACUCUGCCUUUAUUUUCCAUGUUCAUGUUUUAUUUUCGUCCCUAUUAGGAUUCUGUACCUGGUCAUUACUGUCUUCUCAUGAUAUGUAUGUAAGUAAAUUAACGUUCAUCGGAGUUUCCAUUGAA